GUGGCAGCCUAGUAGCCUUGAUCACGUUCACUUCAUCGUCGGCAAAGAAUGGGUCCAUCUUCCCCAUGUUUGUUCAUGUUCCAUAUUUCCAUUCAACUUGGGGACAUCGCAGAGCUGGGAAGCGUAUCUUCUGGCAGCCGUUCAACCAUUUUGGCACCAAGCCAACCAGCACUAGCGCGGCGGGAGUCUUUGGAAAGGAGGCCUAAUGGUGAAUUUCGUAAGCCUCAAUCCGCCAAAGAAGAAGAGUCUUGCUGUCGGCGGAGGAAGGACGUCGGCGAUAGGCUAGUUGAGUGUAAACAACGGUGGAGGAAGGUGGCGAUGCACUCAAGCUCCAGCGAUGGCGGAUGUUGUCCCCCGAUAAUGGUGGCCGGAGUCCCCGGCGCUGGGGGCUGUUGUCCCCGACAAUGGCUGUCGGAGUUCCAGGCGCUGGCGGCCGCAGUACCCGGCGUUGGCGUUGCAGUCCCCUGCGAUGGUGGCAACUCCCGGAUGGUGGACGGGAUCUACGCAUCUGGAACCAGCUUUUGUGAAGCCGAAGAAGAGAAAAACAAAGAAAGGGAAAAGAAAAAAUGGAAAAUGGAAAAGGAAAAAAUGCCACAUGGGUAGACGACCGGGAAACCGGGAAGUUACCUCCUAAAUAGUUUAAUUGAGCAUUUCUUCGCACUAGAAGGGUUCAAUCGGGUGUUUAUAAACUACGAUGGUCUAAUUGACUUUUUUAGUAUAGUACAAGAACUUAUGUGAUAGUUCUCUCUAUUUUAUAUCAUACAAAAUGUUUAUCAUAAAUUUAAUUGUAUCGUAAAUGAAUAUCAUACCC